AUGGAAGGUGAAUAUUUUCCUUGUCCUAAACCAGAAGAACCAUUUGUCACAAUUACAGAAGAUGGAUUUGGUUUUGUAACAAAUCAAGACGGUUCCAGAGAAGUAGUUCGAAGAUACACUUUUACCAAUCAAAAUUAUUUAACCAUUCAAGUCAUAACUUACGGGGCAGCUAUAACAUCCAUUAAAUAUCCUGAUAAAAAGGGAUCUCUAGAUGACAUUGUUUUAGGAUUUGAUGAUAUAGAAGGUUAUUUAUCACCAAAAAAUCCAUAUUUUGGUGCAACUGUUGGAAGAGUGGCCAAUAGAAUUGCAAAAGGUCAUUUUAGAAUUGGUGACGAAGAUUAUCAGCUGAGCACCAAUAUAGGAGAACAUCAUUUACAUGGUGGUUUUAAAGGAUUUGAUAAAGCUAAUUGGAAAGGAGAAGUUCAAGGGAAAAAAGUUGUCAUGACAUAUCUCAGUAAAGACAAAGAAGAGGGCUAUCCAGGUGAAGUUUUAGCAUGUGUUCUGUUUGAAAUGACUACUGAUAAUGAUUUUAUUAUUGAAAUGAAAGCCACUUCCACUAAACCAACUCCUAUUAAUUUAACUAAUCAUUCAUAUUUCAAUCUUGCUGGCCAUGACAAAGGUGCAUAUGGCUUAUAUCAACAUGUAAUAUCAAUAAAUGCGGAUAAGUAUUGUCACACAGAUGAAAAUUAUAUACCAUCUGGAAUGUUGAAAAAUGUAGUAAAUACUCUGUGGGAUUUGAGAAUAGGAAAAAAAUUAGGAGGAGUUAUUAAUUAUGUACCCUAUGGAGGAUAUGAUCAAAAUAUGUGUAUUCAUAAAACAAGUAGUGAAUGCCUAUCAUUCAUUGCAAGGGUAUACCAUCCUGAAAGUGGCAGAACAUUAGAAGUUUAUUCUAACCAGCCAGGUGUUCAGUUUUAUACAUCUAACAGCCUCCCGAGUAGGCCAAGUGGAGAUGCUGUUGUAUGCAUGAAAAAAUUGGGUAUAAAGGGCAAACAAGGAGUACAUUAUUACAAACACCAGGCUUUCUGUCUGGAAACGCAAAAUUAUCCAGAUGCUGUCAAUCAUGUGAGUAUUAAAACUGAGUUGGGUGAAGAUAAUUGUCUGAUAAGAAAAUGUCCCCUUUGUGGCCAACUUAUUAAAGACGCUGAUUUUGAAAAUUUAAAUGAUGAGGAAUUUGGAGAUAAAAAUACUAUGGAAAAUUACCAAAACUCUAUUGAAAUUUACAAAUUGAUUGGUAAAUCUGGAACAUUAUAUUAUAAGCAUGCAGCAUUUUGUUUGAUGACACAAAAAUAUCCUGAUUCAGUGCAUCGUAAAAAUUUCCCAAAUUCUAUAUUAAAACCUGGGGAAAAUUAUUAUCACAUUGUCAAAUAUAAAUUUGCUGUGUAUGAAGAAGUUAUUCCACAUCAGGAAGAAGAAGAAUAUGUAGAAAAUUCUGAACCUGAAGUGGAAGGAGAAUUUGUACAACCUGAAGUAACAGAUGAAGAUGAUAUUCUUAACUUUCAAGAAACUAUCAGUACUCUGGGAUAG